AUGACAUUCGCCAUGCUGCGCACGGCGCCUCCCGCAGGCCGCUUCUUGUACGGCGACAUCGCCCUCCUCUCUGAAGACGACGAGGAGAACGGGAGCGAGGGCUCGGGCUCCGAGGAGCGCACCAGCAACUCAUCCAACUCUGCCGCCUUCCGCCUAUCCUCCUCUUCACCAUCUGCCUUUCACAUCAAGGUGAACAGGAAGAGGAAGCUGUGCUCGGGAAUAGGUGGGGUAGAUGUAGGGACCAUGUCAGGGAGGCUUGGCCCCCCAAUGUCUUCUCCCCAGCCAGAGGGCCGCCAAAGGAACGCAGCCAAUGCACGGGAGAGGGAUCGCACCAACUCUGUCAACACAGCGUUCACAGCGCUGCGCACACUCAUCCCCACCGAGCCUGCAGACAGGAAGCUGUCGAAGAUCGAGACGCUACGUUUGGCCAGCAGCUACAUCAGUCACCUGGGGAACGUCCUGCUCCUGGGCGAGGGGCUUCAUGACGGACAGCCGUGCCACGCUCCCUCACCACCGUUCUUCCACGUUAACUCCUCCCCCACCCGAGGAUCCGACCAAUCAGGCCAGCCGAAGCACAUCUGUACUUUCUGCCUCAGCAACCAGCGGAAAAUGAACAAAGACAGAGACAGGAAGACGGCCAUCAGAAGUUAACGACGAGGACACAAACCACGCGGAUAAAACGCUCGUCACUCUGACCGGGCUUUCAGUGAUUUCACAGUUACUGCAACUUGAAGACAUGUGAUGCAUUUCAAAGACUUUUGCAGGACUUCUUUAGCACUUCCAGGACUUUUCAACGAACUCUACCGAGCAGUUCUUCUUCUUUUUAAAACUUUUUAUAUCACUUUACAAGAACUUUUUUUUUUUUUUUUUUUUUUUUUAAUUUUUAGGGCAUCUUCAAACAUGUUUGAAACACUUCUGAAAAGCUGAGCAGUACUUUAAAGGGCUUUCACAUGAUUAUCAAGACCGUGAAGAACCUUUCAACACCACUUUUUACUGACUCAGUGACUCUCUGCCCAGAGUCUGGGGAACUUACGGCACAUGAUCGAACAACACACAGAACCCAUGAAAGACAACUUUGUACUCAUCAAAAGCUGUGUGUUAUUAAUGUGUAAACUGAAAUAUAAAUGUAUAUUUAUGUGACAUAACAUUAUAUAAUGAAACUAUGUUAUUUAACCAGCAUCAUGACAAGUUUAAGGUGCAAGACAUUGGCUAUUGACACAGUUUAUGGCAUCACAGGAAACAUGCUGGAACGUUUGUGGUACUGGUCAUUUCUAAUAAUCAUUUCUGAACAUGUCUAAAUGCUGGAAAAUAACUCAAGAUGACCAAUAAAUUGUUUGUAUA